UUAAUUCAUUACCUAAUUCGAUGAAAUCUCCCAAAGAAUUUUCUUAAACUUUGUUCAAUCACUAUCCGACUAGAGCUUAGUCUAGGAAAGAUAUUUAAUGAGUUGAAAAUAAGUUGUUCACCGACUGGGAUAUUUUUAAAAACAUGUGCAUCAUGUACAGAUCCUGGCCAACCAGGAAAUAUAUUUAUACAUUUAUAUCAUGAAUCACAAACGCCCUAGAAUAAUGAUUUAUAAGCAAUUCUAUGUAUUCUACUCUAACAAUUUUAAAAACCUUCUUGUAAUAGUACUGUUGCUACUGCUUGCGGUUAAUGUAGCUAUUACGGUCAAGGGGAGGCAUUUUAUUUCUCUUUGUCCUAAGUGUCAAUACUUUUACAUGAACUCCGUUCAUAACACCAACUACAUUUAGAAAUGCAUUAUAUCUUAAUGAUGUAAGCCACUCAACACUAUCAUUUAGUUAGUCAUUAAACUAAUAACUGAAAAAGUAACUAAAAAAGACAAAAUUGAAUGUUAUGAAUCUAAUUAUAAUACAUUUGUAAAUUUGUAACGAGGAACAAAUUAUAUUUAAAUUAUAUUUGAAAUAUAGGAACCAAUGCUAAUUACAGAAAUUCAUAUAAAAUAAGUAAUCACUUUAACAGUUUAAUCACAGUCUCUUAAUUUGGAGACAACAGGUUCAACAUACAAUGAAUUUUUUAAUACUCUUCCAGUGAAUGAGGUAGCAGUAUAUUAUGAACUUCAUUCUCAUUCAAGCAUUGCUGCUGAGUAAAGGAACUUAGUUUGGUCAUUUUGGCUCUUUGACCAAUUAAAUUAGACAAUGUUCCUAAAACAAUGAACAUUUAAGUAUUUAUAAUUAUUAUAAGACAUACUGAAUCUUCAAAAUAUUAGUUAGACAUAAUAGACAGCAGUGUUGGGAAGUUAAUGCUUUUGGGUAAUUAAAUUACAUUACUAAUUCUUCAUCAAAAGUUGUGACUAAAUUAUUUUUAAGUUACUUUAUUUUAUUUGGUCAAGUUACAUUUCUUUUGAGUUUAAAAAGUAAUUCAAUUACAAUAGAAGUUACUUUUUAUUUACAAACGGGUUUUUUCAUCUUUUGCUACUACCUAUAAUAAUUAUCGACCAACAAUAAUGGCAUCAGCACCAUACGUGGACGAAUAUCUUGACAGUUUGGGGAACCUUCCGGUGGAGUUAAAACGUAAUUUCGCUUUGAUGCGAGAGCUCGGCGGUAGAUCUCAAGAAGAGAUGCGCUACAUUGAUAAACUGUCGAACGAUUUUUUGUCAAAUAUCGAUAUCUACCACGGAAGCAAAAAGAUAGAAAAAAUGAACAAAAUACAGCGUAAAUUCAAUAAAGCAAAAGAAUAUGCCGAUGAUAAAGUUCAAUUGGCUAAUCAAACUUAUGAAUUGGUGGAUGAAUAUAUUCAGAAAUUAGAUUCAGAGUUGACACGUUUUGAAGAGGAAAUGCAAGACAGAGCCUCCAGUACUUCAAGAUAUGAAGAGGAAAGUUUACCGAAAUGUGGACGUAAGAAUAAUGACAAAGAAAUUAACUAUACUACAAGUGAAGAAAACACUUACAAAACAUCUAAAAAGAAACAAAUUAAGAAAAGAGUUGCAAAAACAUCUGGUACAUCUGGUGGUUGGCUUCCAGUCAAAAUCAAAACAUCUUCAGUCAGUGCUGUUUCUAAUCCGAUAAACCCUACCAAUAGCGUAGCCAGUGUUGUGGUAGAGACCCGUACUGAUGUUGGAGCUGGAGUUGUACAAUCCCCGGAAGUAAUAGACAUGCCUGUUGAUCCAAAUGAACCAACUUAUUGUUUAUGCACCCAAGUCUCGUAUGCUAAAAUGAUUGGCUGUGAUAAUCCAGAUUGUCCUGUUGAAUGGUUUCAUUUUACAUGCGUCAAAUUAAUUAUCAAGCCCAAGGGAAAAUGGUUUUGUCCAAUAUGUUUGAAAAAUAAGAAGAAAAAAUAACACAUUUUAACUAUGAAAUAAUUUAUUUUUUAUUUUUUAACUUACACAUAUUAUAUAGGACAAUUAAUUGAAAUUA